CACUUGUCUUUUUCUUUUACCUGCGACCCCCAUGUAAGGCUUUGCGACCCUCUGAGGGUCGCGACCCACAGGUUGAAAAACACUGUUCUAAGGUAUGACCUAUGAUUAUUUUCCAACUGAUCUCUGUUCAAAACACUGAUGGAUUUUCAAAGAGAAGCUAACAGAAAAAAGUAAGUCACAAUAUACAAUUUACAGGACUUUCACUCUGCUCUUUUACAUAUUCUCUUAUGUUUAAUACCCAAACGAAUUGAUAAUACAGUAUUUUGAUAAUUAUUAAAUAAUAAUUAUUUUCAACAAUUAAUUUUUUAAGAUAAUUUUUAGCGCUGGUUAAAAAUAUUUGAUGAGAAGAAAGAUUUUUAAUCAGCUGCUUGCCCAUGUCUGGAUGGAACAACUUGUAAACUCGAUGGUUACUUUAGAAUUUACUUUAAAACAUUAUGGAAUCUGGGAAAAUAUUCCUUACGUAUUGAAUAUUUCCAUUGUUUUCAUAAAGCAUUACUUUAUAUUGUGUUUUAGUUAUUGGAUUUGUCUUUCAAGUACGGGAAGAGAGAACAGAAAAACCAGAACAAAAAGAGGAAGCAACAGAAGAACCAGAAAAUUCAUUUUAUAAAUAUUUUAUUAACACAUCAGUUUCAUAUGCAAUAGUUAAACAAUUAAAGAAAAAAAUUGAUUAAAAAAUAUAGAAUAUAUGUAAAUAUAUAAAUUAUUAAUUGUAAGAUCAUUUAUACCACCGUCAUCUGUAUUGUGUGAUCAAUGGAUUUUGUUUCUCUGUUUUCAUUAAGGAUAGAAACCUAUCGAAAGUGAUAAAAUAUCAGAUAAAUUAUCGGAUUAUAACUUAUUUACUUUAUGAUUUUGUUACAUUCUUUUGUAAUUGCAAACAAUGUAUGGACUUUAACAGGUGUAAUAUGACAGUAAGAAAUAAGAUGUAAUCUCACUAUAUAUAGUUCCAUCUGUUUGAUUUCCACGUAUAAAGAUAAUCUAUAACGUAAUCGUAAGUUACAGCAUUCAUUCUUGCUUGUUAAUUGCGUAGUUGUAAAGCCAUGAAAUAUUUUCUGAUUUUACUAUUAUUUGUAAUUGCAGUAAAACUCAGUUUCGGGUGCAAUUCUCAAGAGGACUGCGCUGACGAUGAAUGUUGUCUUGAUCCUCUAUUUAGUAAACGUACUUAUUGCAGUAAACGUAAGAAAUUAGGAGCAUAUUGCUUAACUUCGGAAGAAAGUCUUCACGGAGUUGAUGGGAAACAAGUUUAUCUGAUUGAUUGUCCUUGUCAGAAAAAUUUGGAUUGCAUUCAUACUGAAGAGGAAACUGAAUAUAAAAGAAAACUUUGCACGAGAGCUUGAAGAUAAUGGAUACUACUGUUAAUAAUAAUACUGUUGCAACUAAUAUAGAUUCAGUUUAUUUUAUAAAAUUCUAUAUAAUUCAAUAUAACUCUUAAUCGAGUUUCAAGAAUGUGUACUUGGUGCAAUUUAAUAUUUAAAAUUGUAAUAUAUAUUAAAUAUGAAAUAAUUAGCAAAUAAAGGUGCUUAUAAUAUUAAAAUGUAAUA